AUGGCUUUAUGGAAUGAUAUAUUAAUUAUAGCCAUUAUUAAAAGAUCUCUGAAUUUAAGACAUAUAGAAAUCAGUAAUAAUAAUAUUAAUGAUGAGAUUACUGAAGCGCUAGCUCAUACUUGUCAUAAAUUGGAAUAUCUCGAUCUAAGUUUGCUGAUUCAAAUUAAGCAAGCGAGGAAUUGCGGUCCUGUUUUAGGAGAAUUUGAGAUAGGAGGCUCUGUGACGCGUGCUAACGUUUACAAAAACACUAUCUUUGAAAAUGUUGAUCAGGAAUAUUAUCUUAUUGAGACUAAUUCCUACCUUAGUGAACUCCCCAAUAACGUUGCUUCUCACCUGCGAAACAAUCCAAUUACGCAACAAUCUCAUCAAACAGAACCGGCAGUUCAAAGAUGGUUCAACAAUUUGUUGUCUCAAUUUGGCUCAAGAUGGGGUGAUUUCGUCGCCAAAGAUACACAUGAUGUAGGGUAUCUCAACGGACUAAUGCCAGACCUCAGCGUUUUUAAGACGGAAGAUGUUGCAGAUAAUGCUUGUAUUCCCAUGCUAGUUAAAACGAUUAUGGAGUUAAAGAGAAGUACUGGCUUCUCUAAUGAAGAAAAGGGACAACUUUUGGACUACCUUCGUGUUCUCACUCGACAACAACCAUUGCUCAAACUUUUUGCAAUAUUUUUGUCAGAUGGAACAUACUUUUAUAUGAUGUCCUAUAAUAGGAAUAUUAAUAAGUAUCAGGAGUUUGAAACCAACUUCAGGAUAGGAUUGCGACUUUUUUAUACAUUUAUCCUUCGAGGAUCAGAUUAUGUAAGAGCUUUCGGAUCUAGGAGUGAUCAGGUGAAUGAUAGACCAGCCGUCAUAAAAAUAAUUUCUGAUCCAAAUGUCUUAGAACGUGAGGUGGAAAUGCUGAGAUUUUUGAAUGGUUCAAACAUCCAGAACAUUCCAGAAUAUGUCGCGCAUGAUGAUAAAAAUAUUAUUAUUUACCCAGUUUGUAAGCGAGUUGACAAACGAUUUCAGGCAAGUCAUGCUAGAGGACUUUUACAAGUUUUAGUAAAAAUUCAUUCAUUGAAAAUUUAUCAUCGAGAUGUACGACCAUCGAACAUCAUGUUAAAUACUGAAAAUAAUUCACUCAUCCUUAUUGAUUGGGGGUCGGCAGUUCGUGAUCCUACUGGCGAAGUAAUUUAUGAGGGAACAUCCACAUAUGCUUCAACUGCCAUUUUUAAUAAUGAUAUGGGACCCUACAAUCCACAAUCAGCAGACGACUUACAUUCAUUCGUUCGUAUAAUGUACGUUCUGCUCAAUCCAUUGAGGAAACAUAAAAGUUUGAAAUCAAAUGCAGAGAUUAAUAAUUAUUGGGAUCAUGAACUAAAUGAUCGUUCAUUCCGGAAAGGAAUGCUGACUGCAGUAGAUGAAAAUAAUAUUCAAGAACUAAAAAAGCUUUAUGACGAAGUUUUAUUAAUCAGGCAUCAAAUUCUCACACCCUUAUUUCCAUCAAAGGGCAAAGUUUUACCUUAUGCUAACCAUCUCAUUGAAGCGGCAAACAAUGCCACAAAUCAAUUAACACCUUAUAUAACAAUUCAUUGGAGAAUGGAAAACAUGAAUGCGGGUAGAAAGAAGGCGCAAUCAUCAACAUUUCAUAUCAUAUCUGAACAACAUCAUGAUGCGAUUAAAUUAUUAAACAGAACAUUUACUUUAAAUACUUGGGCAUCAAUGAAAGCAUUGGAUGUUCUUUUUAAGAAUUUAAUGAAGAAUUUAGAGAAUGAAAUUUAUGGUGUUUUACCAUUUAUAGCACCCGAAGUUUUAAGAUAUAAACCUUAUACUUCAGCAAGUGAUAUAUAUAGUUUUUCUAUGAUUAUGUGGGAAUUUAUAUCUGGAAUUCCUCCAUUCAAAGACAGGGUACAUGAUCGUCAACUUUAUUUAAGCAUUUGUAAUGGUGAACGCCCUGAAAUUAUUGAAAAUGCUCCACAAUGUUAUAUAAAUUUAAUGAAAAAAUGUUGGAAUGAAGAUCCACUAAAAAGGCCAAAUGCAUUUGAAAUUAUUAAAAUUUUUCGCGAUUGGAUUAAAAAUAAAAAUGAUAAAUUACCUGCUCUUGAAGAAUAUGAAGUUGGAUAUGAUAUUUUCUUAGUAGAUGAUUUUUAUGAUUGUCCGCCAAAAAAUCGCUACUCCAUAAAUAACAUUGAUUAG